AUGCUUCAAGACGAUGUCAUUUUAUCAUAUGUCACACUUGAACGCAUUACACAAGGAUCAUCAACACAGACAAAGAACUUAAGCAGAAGUUCAACCAAGGCUAUCGAAAGUUGUGGUUGCAGCUCAACAUUGAAACAGUAUUCUGUAUUGUGGAACAUUGCUCAAAAAUACCUUAUCGCUUUUCCAUCAUCAUACCUAGUCGAAAAAGGCUUCAGUGUGGUUACAAACAUUUUGACAAAACAAAGAAACCGUUUGAAAAUCAACGAACGCGAAGAUUUAAGGCUGCAACUCAUCAAUAUUGAACCAGAUUUAGCUAGAUUCGUAGAAAGUCACCAGGUUCAUCCAUCACACCAAGAUUGCCAGGUCUAG